GGCACGGUAAGUAGUUGUUGUUAUUAUGGAAGAACAAAACCAAAUAAUGCAUCACAUGAAAAUAAUCAAAAUAUCGAAACUUGGAAGAAACAUAAGGGGUUCGAUUCCGCCGGUGGCACCGCCGUGUAAGACAAACCUCUCUUCGACCAUUCGAUUCUGAUGUCUAAAGAUAAUGACAUUGAUGAAAACCCUAUUAAUAGUAACAACCUCAAUGUUGAGAAAGGUCAGAACCUGAAUAUUGAGAGUGAAGGGAAUUGGUACUCUUUUCUUGCUCAGCAAAUUUCAGUGUAUGGUGUUGCUGCUGGGUACUGUUUAUCUGCAUCUUUGCUAUCCAUUAUCAACAAAUGGGCUGUCAUGAAAUUCCCUUAUCCAGGGGCAUUGACAGCCUUGCAAUACUUCACAAGUGCCGCCGGGGUCUUUCUCUGCGGCCGCGUUAAGCUAAUCGAGCAUGACAAGCUUGAUCUAUUGACCUUGUGGCGGUUUCUGCCUGCGGCUGUGAUUUUUUACCUGUCCCUUUUUACCAAUAGUGAGCUGCUCUUACAUGCCAAUGUUGAUACUUUUAUUGUGUUUCGGUCGGCUGUUCCGAUUUUUGUUGCGGUUGGGGAGACGCUGUUCCUGCACCAGCCGUGGCCCUCUGCGAAGACGUGGGGAUCUCUGGGCACCAUUUUUGCCGGGAGUGUGCUUUAUGUUGCCACUGAUUAUCAGUUCACCUUCAUGGCUUACACUUGGGCCGUUGCGUAUUUGAUCAGCAUGACUAUUGAUUUUGUUUACAUAAAGCAUGUGGUUAUGACCAUUGGCUUGAAUACGUGGGGUCUUGUGUUGUACAACAAUCUGGAGGCUCUUCUGCUUUUUCCACUGGAACUGUUGAUAAUGGGUGAGCUGAAGAAGAUUAAGCAUGAUAUCAAAGAUGAGUCGGAUUGGCACUCGUUUGCAGUAGUUUUGCCGGUGGGAUUGUCGUGCUUGUUUGGCCUAUCGAUCUCUUUCUUUGGAUUUUCUUGCCGCAGGGCAAUUUCUGCUACUGGAUUUACUGUUCUUGGUAUAGUGAACAAGUUGUUGACAGUGGUGAUUAAUUUGGUAAUAUGGGACAAACAUUCGACAUGGGUGGGUACGGUGGGACUUUUGAUUUGUAUGCUAGGUGGGGUUAUGUAUCAGCAAUCAACAAGCAAACCAAAAGCUGCAAAGCAAGCAACUGCACAGGAAAAUGACGAGGAACAACAGAAGCUGAUUGAGAUGCAAGUCAAUUCAGAGACCGACAUCAGUGGUAAUGAAGAUAAUAAAUCAAAGGAGGAAAAAUAAUUCCAUGUAGGAAAAUCACCAUUGUUUACUUUCAAGUGUAUGUUUAUGUCAUAGCAUAGGUAUCUGAAUUAAAUUAUAUUGAUACUCUUCAUUUUUUUAUAGCUGUGAAUCCUUGAUUCUUUACCAAUGCUAUAUACGUGAAUGUCAAGCUCACUGGCUUUCCAGUAUGUAGUGUUCUAUUUACUUUCCAGCAUGCCUGUUUAAGUAAAAACUAUUAUUUAAGUCUUUGAUGGAUAAAAUGUUUCUCAGUUUGAUCCUUUUA